AUGUCGAGCCAAUCACGAGGUAUACCUGUACGGCACAAUCCUUCUUCUGCCAAUUUCCGUCUCAUCGAGCUACCCCCGGACCUAUUAACCCUUCUGGAAUCUGACGACGCUCCCGUCCUUCGCCUCGAAUCCUCUGAUACCUCUGCGGUUAUCAAAACACCCACAAAGACGUAUGCACUUCGUCAAAAGAACACGUCAAAUGCAAUGAUGCUCCUCUCGCCUACCCCUCCACCUUUGUCUUCAGAUGGGCCGGUUGAGCAGGGCAUCUCUAUCAUAUCCACGAUCAAAGAGACUGUGGAGUUAGAAACUGUGCCUGAUAAACCAGCUGAUGCUCCUAAAGCCGUGGCAGGUAAAGGGAAGUGGCAUGAAAAGUUUGGAAGAAAUAGAUAA